GUGGCACAGGCCCCAGAGCAUUAUGGGAUAGCAGUGGGGAGUGGCAUGGGCCCCAGGGCAUUGUGGGAUAGUUGUGGGUUGUGGGAGAUUUCACAUAGGCCCCAGGGCUUUGUGAGAUAGCUGUGGGGUGCAGCACGGGCCCCAAGGCAUUGUGAGAUAGCUGUGGAAGGACCACUAGAACCGUUCCUAGAGCACCCCCAAUGCCAAUCUCCCUGGUUCCCCGCCGCACACACCUGUGCUCCUGGCUGGCGGAGCUGGGGCUGGGUUAGGAGCCAAGGUUACAGCCGUGGGCUGCCCGUUGGGCUUGGAGUGACGCACCGAGACCCUUGCGUGGUUAUUGCAGGGCAGCGGUUGGCCUGUGGCAAUGAGGCUCAUCGUGCAGGCAGCGUCCCUCGUCCUCUCACCAUCCCGCCUCCCUUCGGACCUUGUGGCCCCACUGACAGGCCAGUCGGCAGGACCCUCCGGGAGCUGUGUCCCAGGCUCCCCAUCCGUGGGGCAGGCGGCUCCUCUGACCCCCUGGAUCAUCCCUGCCACCCAGACCUCCCACGAGCACCCAGACCUGCUUCUCUGGGGAGGGCGGAUGGGGUUGGGGUGAGGGGGCCCCACAGCAGGGCCCAGCCUGGGGCUAUGGAGACCCUGCCCCAGUGCCGCCCCUGCAGGACGAUCUGCUUGGUCCUGUGGGAAUUGCAGCCCCAGCUCUGAGUGGAACCCCCCCACGCCUGCUGGACUCUCCACACCGGGGACCUGCUGGCACUGAGAAUGUGCAACACCACCCUGGUGAGCUGCAACGUGGAUUCCAAGAUCGACCACCUUUUCCCCCCCACGCUGUACAUCAUGGUCAUCACCAUGGGGCUGCCCACCAACUGCAUGGCCCUGUGGGCUGCCUACCUGCAGGUCCGGCAGCACAAUGAGCUGGGCAUCUACCUGCUCAACCUGUCCGUGGCCGACCUGCUCUACAUCGCCACCCUGCCCCUGUGGAUCGACUACUUCCUGCACUACGACAACUGGAUCCACGGGCAGGAGUCCUGCAAGCUCUUCGGCUUCGUCUUCUACACCAACAUCUACAUCAGCAUCGCCUUCCUCUGCUGCAUCUCCGUGGACCGCUACCUGGCCGUGGCCCACCCGCUGCGCUUCGCCAAGGUGCGCCGGGUCAAGACGGCCGUGGCAGUGAGUGCCGUGGUCUGGGCCAUCGAGAUCGGGGCCAACUCGGCCCCGCUCUUCCACAACGAGCUCUUCCACGACCGCUACAACCACACCUUCUGCUUCGAGAAGUACCCCAUGGAGGAGUGGGUGGCCUGGAUGAACCUCUACCGGGUCUUCAUUGGCUUUCUCUUCCCCUGGGUGCUCAUGCUCUUCUCCUACCAGGGCAUCCUGCGGGCCGUGCGUGGCAACGUCUCCACCGAGCAGCAGGAGAAAGCCAAGAUCAAGCGGCUGGCCCUCAGCCUCAUCGCCAUCCUCCUCUUCUGCUUCGCCCCCUACCACGUCAUCCUGCUCUCCCGCAGCGCCGUCUACCUCAGCAAGCCCUGCGACUGCAGCUUCGAGGAGAAGGUCUUUGUGGCCUACCACAGCUCACUGGCCUUCACCAGCCUCAACUGCGUGGCGGACCCCAUCCUGUACUGCUUCGUCAACGAGGGGGCCCGCAGCGACGUGGCCAAGGCCCUGUCCACCCUGUUGCGCUUCCUGACCAGCUCCAAGCCCCAGGAGAUGGCCACUGCCUCGCUCACCUUGGACACCCCACUCUCCUCCAAGAAGAGUAGCUUCUGCCGGCUCCCCGUGCUCCCCCAGCCCCCGCCCCCACCCCUGCCCCCCCUGGGCCCACCCGACGAGGAGCUGCAGAUGAAGAUCUUGACUUUCAACCCAUGAGCGCUCCCCGUCAACACCACGGCCCUGGAUGCAAAUGAGAUGUAAAUACAGUAUUGUUCUGAAUGAUAAUAAUGCAGGGGCCCAGUGCCGUACGGCCAUGCCCAGUGAGGCCCCGGGGGGACAGCGUGGGAGGCGGCUGCUUGGCCUGACGGGGGCUCUGCCAGGACUGCCGGACACCUGGGUGCUGCAGGCACAUGAGAAAGGGGGAAUGGCCGAAAUACAGCUAGGUCCUGAGCAGGCUAGAGGAUUGUCAGGGAAGACAGACGGACAGACGGGGGGGAGGGCGAGGGGGGAGGAUGGAGGGAUGAUACAAAAGGAUGUUUGGCAAUGGAUGACUGUAUAGGGAUAGACAGAUUGAUAGAGGUGUGUGUAUAGGGAUGGAUGAUGAUGGGUGUGUAUGGCAAUGGAUGGAGGGGUGGGGGGGGGCUGGAGCAAUGGAUGGAAGGGUAUAUAUAGGGCUGGGUUGACCCAGAGGCUGUGAAGAACAAUGGGUGGACAGAGCCACUGGAUAGAUGGAGAGUGUGACUGGGGAUGGAUGGAGAGUGUGAGUGGGGAUUGAUGGCUGGAGGGUGUGACUGGGGAUGGAUAGUGUGACGGGAUGGGGAGGUUGGAGGGUGUGACUGGGGAUGGAUGGUGUGAGUGGGGAGGGAGGGAGGGGGGUGUGAGUGGGGAGGGAUAGAUGGAUGGGGUGUGUGACUGGGGAUGGAUGGAGGGUGUGACUGGGGAUUGAGAGGAGCCAUCCCUCCAUAUUUCAGUGCAAAGCUCCUGGCCCCUUCCCAUUAAUAACCCCAGACUCAGCCCCACCCCUGCCCCCAUGCCCAGGCUGGUAUGGGAUGGGGCACUGCAGAGCAGAAGCAUCUGGGCAGUGCCCGUUUCUACUGUGGCUUUUCCUAGUGCCCCUGCCUGGCUGCAUCUCACCCUGAGCCGAUUUCUCCUACCCCUGCUCUGGAGACGGGGGCUGGGGCUGGUACAGGCAGUGCCUCCUGUGGCCAGCCAGGUGAGGGCGCUGCUCUGAAGUAGGACGAGCUCCCAAACACGCACCCCAGGGAAACCGCCGAGGGCACCACGCAGAGCGCAGCGAUGCACGGACCAGGGCUGCUGAUCAGCCUAGAGACAACCCUGGCAUGGCAGACGUUGUCCUCAGCUACAGGAACUGGGCCCUGCUUUCCUGCUGCCAAGGGGGCUCUUCGGGGGCGGAUGAGUCCCCCUGGUGUGGCUGGUCCACAGAAGAAAAGAGCCUACUACUGCAGCCGGCUGAAGGUGCGCCUAGGUGGCAGGCCGUGGGUUAGCGGGGAGCCCUGUCCGCAGUGUGGAUAGCAGAGGGUGCCCAUCUGUGCCGAUGGGGCUGUCCAGUGACGGGCAAUGCUGCUGACCUGAUGAUUAAUUAGAGUUAUUUAUUUCCUGGGGGGAGGCUGGAGGGGCCCCUCUGAAGGAUAGGGGGCCUCUGUGGGGGAAUCAGGGCCCAGAUAUGCCAGGCACUGUACAUUUCUGAAGCGAAUAGUCCCUGUCCCAAAGGGAGCAAUUGUGCUGCUAGAUCUGGCCGUGCCAGGGGCAGGCAGCGUUGGCCGGUGUGUGGAGGGAUGAACAAAGCGCUGUUUUAAUUGAACAAUUUCAGACUCUUCCUCCCUCAUAAAGAAACCAAAGCAAAGGGCACAAGCCCAAAACCUCCCAGAAUCCCAUGCAGGUUUGGUUAGCUGGGAGUGAAGGUGGGUCAUUAAGGUCCCCCAGUCUGUCCCAGGGAUCCCACAGCUACCACCAAAACCCCACAGCUAAAAGUCAGCAUGUGGAUGGGAACAGCUACCUCUGCUGCCCUACAUCCCUUGGCAUUCAGUGGGCACAGAAUCUCCCUGGGCAGAGCCAGGGCCGACCCAGGCACUUCUCCAGCCUACUUGAACUGGGUUCCUAGCUGCACUGGGGAGCCAGGACACCUGGGUUCCAUGCCUGGCUCGGCCCAAUGUGCGGGGUGAACUUAGGCGAGUCUCUUCCCUUCUGUGAGUCUGCCCCAUGUCCAUCCAGCCUGGGAGCUCUCCUGAGCCAGGCUGUCUCCCCCUCAGUGUCUAGGCAGCGCCCGGCCCAUGGAGCCCCAUUUGGGGUUGGUGCUACUGCAGUCCCCAUGGCCUGAGGGCAAUCUGAGACAAAGCUGAGGAGGGGUCUCGAGUCUGCCACAGGAGUCUCUCGGUGCCCCAUGCUGGCAUCUCCCCAUGGCCCCAGCCAGCGCCAAGCCCAUGUUGGCAGCAGACGUGGGAACCUCGCGUUGGCACUGGGUGGGCGCUUUCGUCAAGGCCCAGCGAUGGAUCAUGCUGGCAUCAGGCUGUUUCUGGCUCUCCCGGCUAGGGAGAAAAGCUGGGAAAGGUUGGGGGGCUCAGGCCCUGCAGGGAGAAUAAAGACCCCCCACACACACACACACAACUGUUUGUGGCUCUCCUGAUUUCAGAGACAGUCUGGCGAAUGGGGGGCCUGGCUCUGCUCUUGGGGCA